AUGGGUUCAGUUUUUGAUCCACAGUUCAAUUGUCAGAAACAUGGUCGAAAAGACAAGCUUUAUCAGAAAUAUAGGUGGAAGCCAUUUUCUUGUAACUUGCAAAGAUUCAAUGGUUUGAACUUUGUUAGGGGACAUAAAGGGAAAAAGAUUAUGUUUGUUGGUGAUUCUUUGAGCUUGAAUCAGUUCAAUUCAUUGGCUUGUAUGAUUCAUGCUUCUGUACCGAAUUCUAAGGCUACAUUUUAUCAGAGAGAUGCUAUUUCUUCUGUCACAUUUGAGGAAUAUGGGCUCGAGUUAUUUCUAUUUCGCACGGCGUAUUUGGUAGACCUUGAUCAUGAUAGAGCUGGAAGAGUUUUGAAGCUUGACUCAAUCAAGAAUGGUGAAGCUUGGAGAGGAAUGGAUGUGUUGAUCUUCAACACAUGGCAUUGGUGGACUCACACCGGAAACGCACAACCGUGGGAUUAUAUUCAAGAGAAUAACAAAUUGUAUAAAGACAUGAACCGUUUUGUUGCAUUCUACAAAGGAUUAACAACUUGGGCUAGAUGGGUCGAAGGAAAUGUUAAUCCAUCGAAAACCAAAGUCUUUUUCUUAGGAAUUUCUCCCGUGCAUUACCAGGGGAGAGAUUGGAAUGAACCGUCCAAGUCGUGCAUGAGUGAGAAAGAGCCGUAUUUCGGAUUGAAGUAUCCAGGAGGGACACCAAUGGCUUGGAUGGUAGUGAACAAGGUGUUGAGAAGGAUGAGUAAACCAGUUUAUUUCUUAGAUGUGACAACAUUAUCACAGUACAGAAAAGAUGCACACCCUGAAGGCUAUAGUGGUGUUAUGGCAACAGAUUGUAGUCACUGGUGUCUUCCAGGACUUCCUGAUACAUGGAAUGAGCUUCUCAAUGCAGCACUUUCUCAUUGA